AUGAAACUCAUUCUGACUGGCUCCAGCGGCUUCGUUGGUCGCGAACUACUCAGCCAGUGCUUGGAACACCCGUCGGUCACAGCUGUUAUCGCGUUGACUCGGCAUGAACUAACAGGACAUGAAAAGCAUGACAAGCUCAAAGUCGUUCUAAUGGAAGACUUUUCCUCAUAUCCCGAGACUGCUAGGGAAGCCAUCAGGGGGACACUCGGCGUGAAGCCCAGCCAAGUGUCUGAUAACGAUAUGGCACGACGCAUAAGUAUAGAAUAUACUACAGCUGCUGCCUGGCUCUUCAACGACAUUUGUCAGAAGCCGUUUCGGUUUGUAUACUGCAGCGGUUACCUGGCGGAACGAGAUCAGACUAAGCAGCUCUGGUACUUACAAGACUACCGACGUAUACGGGGACAAGUGGAAACCGAGCUCCUCACUUUCGAUAACGAGAACACUGGUUUUGAGUCCUAUAUUUUGCAACCAGCUAUGAUUCGGUCGCGCAGUAUCAUUAAUUUUUAUGAGUUGAUGAUUGCCGUUGGGCCUUCUAUCAAGGUGGAUGAACUAGCUAGUAAAAUGCUGAAUCUGGCACUAGAAGGUGGGAGCAAGAAGUUGUGGACGAAUUCUGAGAUCAAUGAAGAGGUGUAA